CACGGAACAAGAUCAUGAAUCUCUAUUUGUUGUGUGUUUUAAUUUUAAGCGGUGGCAGCCUCUUGUCUACUGCUCAAAGCAAUAAAUUGGAUCUAGUCUAUAAGAAAGCUGAAAGCAUGGUUUCCAGUUUAAAGAUCAGGCUGGAAGAGCUAAAACAGAGCUACAAGGAAAUCACAGAAGAAAGAGGCAGUCAUGAGACAAUUAACCCAUCCUCCUGUCUAGCUGCCGGAAUCAACAGUAAUGGCAUCCAUGUUAUUGAAGUUCCGGGUCUGGAACCUUUUCCGGUUUAUUGUGACACUCGGCUGGCGGGAUCUGGAUGGACUGUAAUUCAGCGACGACAGGAUGGCAGUGAAAACUUCUAUCGCUGUUGGGAGGAGUAUAGCCAAGGAUUUGGGGAGCUUAGCGGAGAAUUCUUUAUGGGUCUGGAAAAGCUACACUUCCUAACAACCGCGGAGCCUUACGAGCUGUUUGUCUAUAUGGAAGAUUUCAAUGGAGUGGUACAUGAUGCUCGAUACGAGGAUUUUGCCAUUGGGAAUGCAUCAGCGUCCUAUGCGCUAUCUGUUUUGGGUAAAUACUCGGGAGACGCCGGUGAUUCGUUAAGGUACCACAAGGGAAUGCCCUUCUCCACAUUCGAUCACGAUGAUACGGGUCACGGAUGCGCCAGGAUUUAUGUGGGGGCCUGGUGGUAUGAUCAGUGCCAGAGGAGCAACCUCAAUGGCCAAUAUUUGGAAGGAGGUCGAUUCGAGCCGAAGAUGUCGGGUCGUGGAAUCACCUGGAUGAGCUGGCGUGGCUACGACUACGGCUACAAAUUCGUACAAAUGAUGAUCAGACCCAAGUGUUCCAACAACCUACGAAGGCAGGGCAUGCAAAAUGCCUUAAACGCCCAUUGAAUUCCACACCGAAAACACCGAAGGGAAAUCACUUUAUUUCUUGAUAAACACUAUCAACAUUUUGGGACUUUUAUUUACAAUUUGAUAAUAACCGUUUCCCGCUGAUUUGUUUGUUGU